CCAUCGGCAUCCAGCCCCGCCCACGAGGGGCGUGGUCCCUCCCCUCUCUGUGACGUCACGGCUGUCCGGUGGCGCCGCGCCGGGAGGAGUCGCCGCCGCUCCGCGCGGGGCCGGGGCCGCCGCAGCGCCGUGGGUGGGAGUGAGUGCCCCCCCCCCCCCCACCUCCCCCCCACGGGGCACCAUGCCGCUGGGGCAGGAUGGGCCCAGCUGGAAGAAGAGGACCGAGGACAUUCGGCACAUCUACGACUUCCGAGAGGUCCUGGGAACGGGGGCCUUCUCCGAGGUGGUCCUGGCGGAGGAGAAAGCAACGCGGAAGCUGGUGGCCAUCAAGUGCAUCGCCAAGAAGGCCCUGGAGGGAAAGGAGACCAGCAUUGAGAAUGAGAUCGCUGUCCUCCACAAGAUCAAGCAUCCCAACAUCGUGGCCUUGGAUGACAUCUACGAGAGCAGCACACAUCUCUACCUCAUCAUGCAGCUGGUCUCAGGAGGGGAGCUCUUCGACCGCAUUGUGGAGAAGGGCUUUUACACAGAGCGGGAUGCCAGUGCCCUGAUCCGGCAGAUCCUUGAUGCCGUCAAGUACCUGCACGACAUGGGCAUCGUCCACCGUGACCUGAAGCCCGAGAACCUGCUCUAUUACAGCCUGGACGAGGACUCAAAGAUCAUGAUCAGUGACUUUGGGCUAUCGAAGAUUGAGGGCUGUGGCAGUGUCAUGGCCACGGCCUGCGGCACCCCUGGCUACGUGGCCCCUGAGGUGCUGGCGCAGAAGCCCUACAGCAAGGCAGUGGAUUGCUGGUCCAUUGGGGUCAUCGCCUACAUCCUGCUCUGUGGUUACCCCCCUUUCUACGACGAGAACGACGCCAAGCUCUUUGAGCAGAUCCUACGGGCUGAGUACGAGUUUGACUCACCCUACUGGGACGACAUCUCGGACUCUGCCAAGGACUUCAUCCAGCACCUGAUGGAGAAGGACCCCAGCAAGCGCUUCACCUGCGAGCAAGCCCUGCAGCAUCCCUGGAUUGCUGGGGACACAGCCCUGGACAAGAACAUCCACCAGUCUGUGAGUGAGCAGAUCAAGAAGAACUUUGCAAAGAGCAAGUGGAAGCAAGCCUUCAAUGCCACGGCGGUGGUGAGACACAUGCGGAAGCUGCAGCUGGGAACCAGCCAGGAGGGCCCUGGGCUGUCAACUGCCCCCAGCCCCCGUGAGCGGCUGCGGGGGAGCACCAGAAACGGGUCGGACUGUGGGCACCUGCCCAUGCGGAGAGCUCAGUACCUGCCACCGGACUGAGCAUGGCCCCACAUAGGCACGUCCUGCUGGGGCCGGGGAGGGUGCCGGGGGUCCUGGCCCUCCCAUGGGCCCAGUGUGGUGCAAGGGGCGCUGCAGUGCCAGAGCAGGGGGGUGGACACAGCACGGGGGCACCCUGCCCUGAUUGCCCUGUCUCGCAGCCCACAGUGGGAUGGGGGACCCUGCCCAGCCCCAGGCAUGUGGGGCUGCCCUCUGCCGCAGGCUCGGAGCAGAGCUCUGCAUCGGGGCAGGGGCAGCCUGGGGACCCCACCUCAGCUCAGGCCUGUGUCCUGGGCACCCUCCCACAUUACCUCCCCACCCCUGGCACUGCCCCCCCCACCAAGCAUGGUCAAGGAGAAUUUUCCAAAUGGAUGUUUCUAUUUUAUUGCUUGUAAUAAAGGUAAAAGGCCA